AUAUGAGAAAAAAAAGAAGAUACAAGAGUGCAUGAAAAUGCAUGGCAUUUCAAAUGAUACGGUUGGAAAAAUUUUGGGUGGUAUUAGAGAAAACAAAUUGGAAAAAAACAUAGAUGGUGAAGUGGAUGUGAAUUAUAUCUUCUCUGUUCUUAACGAGGAUACGAGAGGAAUUAUGAGACACGAUAUUUGUUGGGAGAAGCUGAAAAAUGUAGGUUCCCUUUCCUCUCUCUCUUUUCUUGGUGUAAGUAUGAUAGUAGGGUUUUUAAUUUUUAAUUUUAUUAUAUGAAAUGGAUAUGAAUUAAGGGGGUAUUCAAAGUAUUCUAUUAUCAUGAACAGUAUUUCAGUAUUCACAUCCAGGUUUUGUUUUCUCUUUUUGGAUUUAUAAAGUUAUGUGAAACUAUUUUGAAAUCUGAGAGGGAUGUUUGUGUAAUGUCUAGGACUUUGUGGGUAUUGUAAAAACACGAACAAUCUCAGGAGUAGUUAUUGUAAAGAAGGCCAAGAAUCUCCUCUGUUGAGAUGGGAUCUAGGCACAGUCUAAUGGAAAUGUAGGGCAUGACCAAUAAAAUCUGAGUAGAGCGCUAGCUGCAGCCAAGCUGUCUGCAAGGUGUUUGAUGUUUUGAAGAUAGUCGAGCUAACGCUCUAGCUGUUCAUGAGCCUACAAUGUAGGGUCGAAUGGUCUUAGAUAAAGAAGCAUGAAUCCAAAUGCAACACGUGCGCUCAUUCUUGAUCCAUGGGUAAAAGAUGGGUUCUCUUGCAUGGUAAAGGAGCUUCGAACUAUAAACGAUCAAGCGUUGGGAAAGAUCUGCCAAUAUCUCAAGCCAAAGAUGUUCGAGGAGAAUGCCCAGGUCUUUGAAGCGGGACAACCACUUAACGCGAUGCUCUAUAUUAUAACAGGCUCUAUGCAGGCAUACAUGCCAAUUAGGGCUGCUGGAGAGGCAUGUCCCUCAACCUCAUUCGAAACUCUUGAGAAAGGUAUGUUUGUGGGAGAACAACUUCUGGAUUGGGCAGCAAAAACCAAAACUUUUUAUGACCAACCUGUUUCGUUCAAAACUGUCCGAUGUGUCGAAAAAGUAGAAGCCUUUGCUCUCACAGUUAAUGACUUGAAAACUUUAGUGGUCUCCAGAGACAUCUUCCAGAGAAGUUCAAAAUCCGAAGUUUAGACAACUCUUAGCCGUUGAAACUUCAUGUGGCACUUCCUACAACAAGAUUGAUGAGAUACUAAACAAUUUUUAAGAAGAAACUAAGCAUGAAGGUCAGGAGGAGGUUCGUUUGUUUAUUUUUUGAUCGUAGAUGAAUAUUUCUAUUUUCUUCAUUUCAUGAAUUAAUUAAUACGUUCAUUUUCAUUUUGUGGUUUCUUUUUUUGAGAAAUAAAACGAAAAAUGAGGGCAAAAGCCCGAAGAUAUACAGAACCACAAUGUGGAUAUCAUACAUCUCUUGUGUAAUUUGACAAAUUAAUUGCA